CCACACGCACUGCACUCUGCACUCCUCGCCGCGCACAAUGCGUCACCUCCGCCUCGCCGACGCGCUUCUUGUCCUCGUUCUUGUCGCCCCCGCGGCCGCCGCGGGCGCAGCCGGUGGGGGCAACACGCCGGCUGCGAAGGCGCCUGCGGCCCCGCCGGCGGCGCCGAACGUGAUGAAGGAGAUGGCGAAGGGCGGGUGCAAGGCGUUCGCGGACCUGAUCACGGCAUCGCCCGACGCGGCGUCCACGUACCAGUCCGCCGUGGAGGGCGGCGUGACCGUGUUCUGCCCCUCCGACGACGCCGUGAAGGCGUUCAUGCCCAAGUACAAGAACCUCACCGCCGACAGCAAGGCGGAGCUGCUCCUGUUCCACGCCGUGCCGGUGCACUACUCUCUGGAGAGCCUCAAGUCCAACAACGGGCCCAUGAACACCCUCGCCACCGACGGCGCCGCCAAGAACUACAACUUCACGCUGCAGAACGAGGGCGACGUCGUCACCAUCAAGACCGCAGCCUCCGCGGGCGCCCCCGCGCGGGUGAAGUCCACGGUGCUGGACAGGGACCCCGUCGCCAUCUACGUCAUCGACGCCGUCGUCGAGCCCGUGGAGCUUUUCAAGCUCGCGCCUUCGCCCACUCCCGCGCCGUCGCCCGCUCCGGGGGCGGACGCGCCCAAGGCCGCGCGCCACCCUGCGCCCGCCGUGGCAGACGCUCCUGGGCCCGCUGCAGCCGAUGCCCCUCCGGAGGACCAGAAGAAGGAUGCCAGGAAGAGCGCGGCGGCCGGCGCGCCGUGUAUCCGGUGGCUCGCCGCUGCGUUGGCUGCCGUGGUCGUGACCUCCGCAUUGGCCUAG